AUGGGCGCCGGGCUGCCGUCAGCGCCGCUGCCGCCACCGCUGCUGCUGCUGCUGGUGCCGGCGCUGCUGAGCGGCGCGGCGGAGCACGCCGAGGUGCUCUGCGCCGGCACCGCCUGCUACACGAUGCACCGCGGCAAGCUGUCCUGGGGCAAUGCACAGAAGAAGUGCCAGGAUGACGGCGGCAACUUGGCAGCCAUCCGGAGCGCCCAGGAGGCCCGGCACGUCCAGGAGCUGCUGGGCAGGAGCCUAGCAGGCGCCGGCUGGCAGGGCAAUGUGUGGAUCGGGCUCUCGCUGGAGAAAGGCAAGUGCGUGCAGGCCCACGACCCACUGCGGGGCUUCUCCUGGGCUGGUGGCAGUGGCGAGGCAAGCAACUACUCGGCGUGGCUGGCUGAGCCGCUCACCACGUGCGUGAGCCACCGCUGCGGCAGCCUGCAGCCAGCGGGGCUCUCCUCAGCGGGCGGCUGGGCCGACCGACCCUGCAAGUCGCCGCUGCCUGGCUACGUGUGCAAGUUCAGCUUCCAGGGCAUGUGCGGGCCGCUGGCACUGGCGGGGCCGGGCACGGUGAGCUACCGCAUGCCAUUCGGCGCCGAGAGCCUGGCGCUGUCAGCGGCACCCUUCGGCACGCUGGCGCAGGUGGCGUGCGAGGCGGGCGGGCAGCAGCCGCACUUCGUGCUGUGCAAGGAGCGGCGGCCGGCGGGCGGCUUCGCCUGGCACCAGCGCGGGCCCCUCUGCGCCACGAGCUGCAGCCACCGCAACGGCGGCUGCGCGCAGCGGUGCCUGGAGGCAGAGGYGGGCGCCCCGCUGCGCUGCGCCUGCCAUCCCGGCUUCGUGCUGGGCCCCGACCUGGUCUCCUGCGUUGUGGACAACRUCUGCGAGCCCAACCCCUGCGAGGGGACUUGCCGGCCCGGCGCUGAUGGUGUCGCCAAGUGCAGCUGCUUGCCUGGCUUCACGCUGGCGCCCGAUGGCCRACGCUGCCUCGACGUGGAUGAGUGCCUGGGGCGGCCCUGCCAGCCGGAGUGCCGCAGCAGAGCCGGCUCACCGCACUGCGAUGCAAACGACUGCGCGGCCGGUGCCACCACCUGCCCCCAGCUCUGCAUCAACAUGCCCGGCUCCUUCCGCUGCGCCUGUGCCCCUGGCUUCACCACUGCGCCUGACGGCACCACCUGCCUCCUCGAGCCCCCCGCCACCAACGGGAYAGCGGGGACAGCCCCAGGCACCCUCACGGAGCAGCCCCUGGGCUCCUCAGCACAGCCCACCACCACUUCCACCCCCACCUCCACCUCAACCUCCUCCAGCAUCACCUCCUCCACCAUCUCCACCACCACUUCCAGCACCACCUYCUCCAGCACCAGGGCCACCAGUGCAACCAGCAUCUCCACCAGCACCUCCACUGCCUCCACCAGCACCUCUAUGGGGCCCAGGUCUGCCCUUGACGCUGAGCAUGCCGCUGACGGGCCCAAACUGCUCCUCUACUACAUCCUGGGCAGCCUGGUGGCCAUCCUGCUGCUCAUGGCCUUUGCCUUGGCCUUGCUGGCAUACAGGAGGAGGAAGGCCAAGGAGGAGAAGCGGCAAGCCAAAAGCGCUGCUGAUGACUACUGCUGGGUGCCUGAGCAGGCAGAGGGUGGUGGGGCYGGCGGCGGCUUCAGGUGA